CGAUUUUUAUUUUUUUAUAUUUUGAUGUUAAAGUUCUGGCUUCGCCAACUUAAGGCAUCUAUGCCCCUAUAUAUACUUCGUGUAUGUAUGUAUGUACAACAAACAAAUCAAUACUUUGGCAAUUUUGAGAUUUUUUUUCUUACUUCAUACAAAAUAAAAUGGCUAAUGAUGAGGUGAUUCUGUUGGAUUUUUGGCCUAGUAUGUUUGGUAUGAGGCUAAGGAUUGCCCUUGCUGAAAAAGAGAUUAAAUAUGAGUACAGAGACGAGGAUUUGAGGAACAAAAGUCCUCUGCUUUUGCAAAUGAAUCCUAUUCACAAGAAAAUCCCUGUUUUGAUUCAUAAUGGCAAACCAAUUUGUGAGUCUAUUAUUGGAGUUGAGUAUAUUGAUGAAGUGUGGAAGGAUAAAACCCCUUUGCUCCCUUCUGAUCCUUAUGAGAGGGCACAAGCUAGGUUUUGGGCUGACUACAUUGAUAAGAAGUUGUAUCGUUCUGCAAGGAAGAUAUGGGGAACAAAUGGAGAAGAGCAGGAGGUAGGUAAGAGAGAAUUCAUAGAAUGCCUUAAAGUGUUGGAGGGAGCACUUGGAGAGAAGCCUUACUUUGGAGGAGAUAAUUUUGGUUUUGUGGAUAUUGCUUUGAUUGGGUUCUAUAGUUGGUUUCAUUCUUAUGAGACUUAUGGUAACUUCAGCACAGAAGCUGAGUGUCCAAAGUUUGUGGCUUGGGCUAAGAGGUGCAUGCAGAGAGACAGUGUGGCUAAGUCUUUGCCUGACCAACAUAAGGUUCUUGAGUUUGCAAAAAUCCUUAGGCACAAGUUUGGACUUGAAUAAACAUAUGUAUAUCAUAAUGUAUUGAAAUAAAAAAGGCAGUUCAUUGUGCCUGCUUAUGUUGUUGUUUCAAGAUUUAAAAUGUUUGUUUGGUCAUAGUGUAAGUGAGAUCUACUUUUACUUGUAAUAAAGAACUCUUAGUUUGUCUUGUUGAGGGUUGGGUUUUCUAGUCCUUGUAUGUAAUUCUGGGGCUUUUCCUCUU